AUGGCUCAAUUAAUUGGAUAUAAUCAUAUAUUAUCUACUGUUUACCAUCCACAAAGUAAUGGAAUGGAUGAACGUUUUAAUGCCACCUUUGUACCUCAAUUGGCCAAACUUCAUGAUCGUGAGAACAACAAUUGGGACGGAUAUUUACAAUCAGUAGUAUUCGCGUACAAUACAGGUGUUCACGCAAAUACACAAUAUUCUUCAUUUCAAUUACAAUUUGGUCGUGAACCACGUAUGCCUACAGAUACAACAUCAAAUUAUGUGUUUUAA